AGCGCAAAGAAGAUGAAGUUCUCAACCAUACCCACAGCGCUCGUGGCGCUCAUCACCCUAACACCCUCCGUCUUUGCGCAUACCUGGAUCGACCAACUGCGCAACAUCAACGACAAAGGCCAGUACGUUGGCGAUGCUGGAUAUCCCCGCGGUAAAUACGUACAAGGCGAGAAAGGCUAUAACAUGGACUCAGAUGUCGCCGCUUCAGGAUCGCUAUGGCUACUUCCCACCAUCAAGGAGAAGGGGCAGCCUUGGAUCAGUGAGGAGACUUUGCUUUGCCACCCUUACCAACGAGAACAGAAGCAAACUUCCAACUAUCCCCGCCUCCAAACCAGUCCGGGUACAUUUAUAGCCAUGCGCUAUCUGGAGAACGGCCAUGUCACACUGGUGGGUCAAAAUCCUAACGAUCAAAAGCCCACGAACAAUGGCACGAUCUUCGUGUAUGGUACAACCGAGCCUGUGAAGGAAGAGAAGCUCGUAAAUGUGCUUCAGUGGACCCAAGAUGGCAAGGGCGGUAACAAGGGCGGUGUUCUUCUGGCUGCUCAAGACUACGACGACGGCCGCUGCCACCAACACAACGAUAAUCCUAAAUCGCACCUACGUGAAGAAGAACAUCCUAACUAUGCCCCUGGCCAAGAAAAGACUGGACCUAGCAUUCUCGAGCUUCCAUGCGAAAGCAACGUCAUGAUACCCAAAGACGCCCCUACGGGGAAACCCUACACUCUCUACUGGGUAUGGCAAUGGAACACGGAACCAGGUACACCCGGUCUGCCGCAAGGCAAGGACGAGUACUACACGAGCUGCAUGGAUGUCGAUGUUGCCGAUAAGUUCGACGAUACAGCCAAGCUCGAGCAUCUCAUGUUCCAGCAAGACGGCAUGGCUUCUGCGGUACCCGACUUCGCCUCGCGAAAGGCCAUGUACACCGACCCUAUCAAAGCUGAGCGCGGUCCUUAUUUCAGCAAGAAAGGCAUCCAGUUCGGCGAUGGCGGUGCCGCUGCACCCACCAACAAGCCUUCCGGCAGCAAAUCCACUCGCAGGCCUGGUUCCCUGCCGACGACUUUGGCAACUGUGUCUUCCCCAGCUGGCAGCAGACCUUCUGCUCCUCCGGGCAACAACAACGGAGGCAACAACGGUGGCAACAACGGAGCGAUCGAUAUUCCCACAAUGACAAAACGUCCCGGUCGUCCGCUACCCAGCAAAGCACCCGCCGCUGCCGCGCCUCCUAACAACAACGGCGGCAACCAGGACAACAGCGUCGUCACUGUCACGAACGUGGUCAAGGUGACCGUCACUGCCCCCGUCGUCACGGCGACUGUGACUGCACAGGCUGGUGCGCGCGUCCCUCGAGGCGCCAGGUUCAAGGUGGCUGGCCAUUGA